AUGGAAAAGGAAAUUUUCAUCUUCGGCCUGUUGGUUCUUAUCUCAUGUUUUAUGCCUGGUGAAAGUCAUCACAGAUGGCCAAAAUCACAUUCAUUGAAAAGAUCAGCACAUUCCAGCAGACAUCAUCCACGAACGUCUUCGAUUUACCAAAGAUAUGAUUACCCUGCACAUUAUUUCCCUGUUUCACAGAAAUAUCAAGCUCAAAAUCAUCAAAUUUUAUCAAAUCAACGUUCAAGGAAUAAUAUUUGCCCUCCAGGAACUACUUUCAUGCUGACCAGUCGUCGCCGUCACCCUAAGUUUCUAUGCAUUCCUAAAAAAGAGUUAAUCUCUAACCAAAUAAAACCAAAUGCAACCACACCAGCACCGACCAACAAACCUACCACAAAUGCAACCACACCAGCACCGACCAACAAACCUACCACAAAUGCAACCACGCAAGCACCGACCAACAAACCUACCACAAAUGCAACCACACCAGCACCGACCAACAAACCUACCACAAAUGCAACCACACCAGCACCGACCAACAAACCUACCACAAAUGCAACCACACCAGCACCAACUACCAAACCUACCACAAAUGCAACCACACCAGCACCAACUACCAAACCUACCACAAAUGCAACCACAGCAGCACCAACUACCAAACCUACCACAAAUGCAACCACAGCAGCACCGACCAACAAACCUACCACAAAUGCAACCACAGCAGCACCGACCAACAAACCUACCACAAAUGCAACCACACCAGCACCAACUACCAAACCUACCACAAAUGCAACCACACCAGCACCAACUACCAAACCUACCACAAAUGCAACCACACCAACACCAACCACCAAACCCACCACAAAAGAACCUACUACUUCACCUAAGCCUAGCACUUCAACUACAUCAACUAAUUCUGCUAACAGCUCUUCCUCUACUACAUCUAGUACUACCAUCCAAACUACAACUCUGACACCUUUUCAAAUACUUUUGCAGUUCUUACAGCAGUUUUUUGGUUAA